CCCCGCAAACUCUCAUCCUGAAGCCACGGACGCCUCAUCAGGUUUCUCCCUCAAUCACUAUGUUAGCAAGAAAUUCUCUCUCUGUCGAGCGGCUCGAGCCCUGCUGCAGUCGGCCCACAUUCUCUUAGAGCUUUGGACGAAGAGAGAAGAAUAAGGGCGACUCAAGGCUUGUUUCAGUCCGUCAUUCCUUUCCUAUUCAAGCUUUCAAGUAGUGUGAUGGAAGUCUGCGUCUGUCUACCCAGCAUUUCUUAGAGGCAUGACCCAAGGAGGAACGAUCAGUGCGAGACAAGCUUGUUCUCUCCACCGACUCUUUGUUAUUCUAUCUCUCUAGCAACUCAAAUUUCGAUCCUCAGUUACAAGAUUACAUAAGAUUCUGGUAUUUCUAUCGACUUCAGGCAUUAAAAUACUCCAAGUUCUGGCAACCUUCUUUGGGAUCAGUAGGGGUGCCUCACACCUUCCCGAACUGAUAACCGAGCAUCCUAACCCUGUUUAUUUGAUCCUUCAAUCCCAGUACAGUCUUCUUGGUUUCAUGGAGGAUAGAGAGAACAAACUAGAGUCCAUACCUGCAGAGGAAAUCCUAGACAAUGAUCAUGAUGUUGACAUGAUUGAUGUGGAAGAAGGAGAACUGAAGGAGCAGAGUCAAACCAUUGGAUCGACAGAAGAGACCAUGGUUCAAGAUGAUAAAAUGGCUAUUAAGCAGCCUUGUAGCAGAAACAGCAGGCGUAGACAGAAAAGGAAGAAAAAUAAGAAGAGUGGUUCAGUUUCAAAUGUCACUGACAUAAACAGAUUUGUUAUAGAUGCUUGCAGACGUUUGAAGGAAAAGAAAUCUUACUUGGUUUGGAAUGCCGUGAGUUGUCUUGGUAUAUCUGCUUUAGGUGAUUUUGUCAGAGAGGUGGAAGCAAUACAGGCUAGUGGAGGCCAGAUGACUGCUGAUGGUAAGCACCCUCGAACAGGUGGUGGCAUUCUAUGGAGCAUUCUGAAAGCACGUGAACCAGAAGCUUACAAGGAGAUAAUGACCAGGGGAAAGGAGUUUGAGAAGCAAUUCAUGAAACAAGGUACCAGACAAGUUCCAGAGCAAAAGGAGGGCCCUUCUGAAAGCACUGUAUGCGAAUCUUCUAAUGAGAGUACAAAUCAAACACGAAAUGGAGUUGAACAGAAAGAUGCCCAAGAGAGGCGCACAUCUGUCCUGAACAGAAUACGAAUACCAGUCCCUUAUGAUGACCUGUAUGAAUCGGGCCCAACAGAUGAACUUACUUGAUUUUCUGAAAAGAGUUGAGUGUAAAUAGGCCGAAUAAUGCUGUUAUUGAGUUCUGUUAAUAUGAUAUUUUUCCUCCCUACUUUUUUGAAUUCAAUAUAUUACUUCCUCAAUUAUUUCCUAA